GCAACAACCUUAUCCACACAGCAACAUGAAGUUCUUGGUGGUCGUGCUGGUGGCGUGUGUGGCGGUAGUGUCCUGCCAGCAGGAGCUGCAGCGCGAGAAGCGGGGAUACCUCGGCCUGGGGGCCGGACUGCUGGCCGCCCCCGCCGUCGCCGCCCCCGCUGUGGUCGCUGCCCCCGCAGUUGUCGCCGCCCCCGCUGCCGUCGGCUACGGAUAUGGCUACCUUGGCGGUGUCCACGGAAGGCUGGUGCAUGGUUGAAGCGCCUUCCUCCCUAACCUCCUUGUGCUGUGUAUCUUUAUUGCCUCAUUAAAACUCCUUUUUGUGGUUUAA